CGACCCUCCACUCCGCGUUUUUCAUCCUCUCUUUCUUUUCUUUUUUAAAUAUCUUUCCUCUCGUCAUAUGAACGCUAUCAUAAAAAAAAAUUCCUCUUGUGCAUUAGCAAGCCGAGUUGGAUAACACGUCCGAAAGGAACAAAACGUAUAUGUCGAGCUCUUUGCUUGCGCUAAGCUCAGUACGUUUCCGAAUAUCGCUUCCAAUAGGAAGGCGAACGUAACGUGCUAACUGAAACGGAACUGUGGCAAUCCUGGUUGUACGUCUGUCGCCGACGCUAGGAUACAAGGGUUAAAUCACCUGCCGGUGAAGCACUGAAAAUGUUUAAUGAAGAAAACGGAAGUGUGGAUUGGUAACAUUCGACAGACUGUUGUAUGAGGGGAAAAAAAUAUAUCUGUUACGCAGAUGACUCUAGAAAAAUAAAUGAAGAGAGAAAAAUAAACUGAGUAUUCGAAAGUAGACACACGCGAAACCUGUCCUUACCUGACUUGAGACACAGCGCGGAAGAGAUGGUGUCGACGGAGCCAGUCCCCGAGGCGCCGAGGGGUCCGGGCGAGGGCCAGCCCUGCCACCACGUGGUGCUCAAGCCGACGCCGAAGCGGCUCCGCGGGGGGUUGCAGCCUCGCGCGGGCGCGGUGCCGCGGGGGCCGGCCGCCUUCGGCAGCGCGGGCACGGGGGCGUUCACGGCGUACGUCCCGAGGGGCAGCGACCCCUGGGAGCCCGGGCUCCAGCGACGGCCGGACCACCCGGCCGGGGAUCCUCCAACGGUCGUCCGCCUGUCCCCGCUGCCGAGGUUCCGCGACCCCAACGACGACGGCCAACACCAGCCCAUCGACCUGCGGAACGAUUCCAAGAGGUUCGGCUCGGCCAGGCUGGGCCCGUCACUCGACCGGGAGCCCUCAGCUGCCGCUGCGGUCCAGGCCGGACAACGGGUACUGGAUGACGUCGGGCACGGGGGAGCGGCCCUGCCGCCUCACCGCCGGCACGAGACGGUCAUCGCGAGGAGCGCGCUGCCCCAGGUCCGCGCGAGAGGGUCGGGCGGAGGGCUGGAGUACAUGCGGUACACGGUGCGCAACAACAACGCCAGGGCGGAGGUGUUCGAGAUGAGGCGGAGCUACGCGACCUCGGACGCCGUCCUGCCUCGCCUCGGCGGUUGCGGGGUCCUGGAAGACCGCGGCAGCUGCUGCUCCGAGGACGAGGACAUCGACGUGGUGGGCGGCGGCUUCGACGACGGCGGCGGCUCGCCCGUCGACGACAGCAGCUGCAGCAGCACCGCGAAGGACGGGGACUCGGACAGCUGCGAGGGGCAGCCGCUCGACUGCAGGCUCCGGGCGCCGGUGACCAGGAGCUCAAGCCCGUCCUCCGAGGAGGUGUCUUCAGCGCCGCCCACGUCCGGCAGCCCCUCGUCCUCGGACCCGCUGCCCUCGCCCGGCUGCGACGACCCUCAGGACGCGGAGGCGUGGUGGGGGGUGUUCGCGCCCGAGGACCUGCUGCUGAGGAACCGCGUGCUGCUGCUGCUGUGGUUCCUGCUGGGCGAGGCGCGCCUGGCCGAGGUGGGGUACCCGCGCGCGCCGGUGCACCGCGUGCUGUGGCUCACCGUGGACGUGUGCUGCUCGGUGGCGGGCAUGAAGAGCGCCGCCGCCGUGCCGCUGGCCUCGGACCACGACUGCCGCGAGGACAUGCUGUGCUUCAGGGACCACACGCACCGGUUCCUGGAGGUGUGCGCGCCGACCAGGGACAUGUGGAAGCAGCUCGGCUGGGCUGGUCUCACUGUCGACGCGGUCGUCAGGAAGAUCUACGAGGAGGAGCUGCGGCCGCGACUGUGCCAGCUGCCGGCCUCGAGCCUGCCUCCGGCGAUACGCGGCGCGCUGCGGCGGCUGGACCGCCUGGAGGCGGCGCCCGCGGAGGUCCCAGGGCCGCCGCCGCCGCCGCCGCGCCGCCGCCAGCCGCCGCCGCCGCAGGCAGCCAAGAAGAAGCGCGGGCGUCCGGCCAAGCCCGGCCACAAGACCGACCCGGGUCGCAUCGAGCGAGUGAUGCUGUGGCGCUUCCUGCUCAACCUGCUGGAGGACCCGCGCAACCGGCCGUGCAUCCACUGGGUGCAGCGCGACGAGGGCAUCUUCCGCAUCCUCAACACGGACUGGCUGGCGCGGCUGUGGGGCCGCCGCCACGGCAACCCGCGCAUGACCUACGAGAAGAUGGCGCGCGCCAUGAGGACGUACUACCGCUCGAAGGUGCUGCAGCCUGUGCCCAGGACCCGCAACCUGCCGCGCAAGCUCAUCUACAAGUUCAACCCGGCGGUGAUACACAAGGACUCCAAGCACGCGCCCUUCAGCGACCGCGGCCUCAACUACAACACGGCGCCGGGCUCCUGACGGUGGCCCCACCGACCGCCUUCUUAUUUAUUCUCCGCCAAUAAACCUUUUUUGUACGCAA